AAUUGAUAUAAAAACACAAAGCCAGCCAGCCAACCUGAAAAUUUCUGUAGAGAGAUUCUAAGCCAACUGGCAUAUUACUGUUACACUUGCGUAAUUUAAUCUAUAUAUAAUACAAUACAAAUUAAACUCUAUACAACAAUUUUGAAAGUAUGGGUCGAUUCAAUCUUGUAAUAGCUGUGUUAUCACUUUCUUUGAGUGUUUGUUUCUUCCCUGAUUCGGCUUCUGCUCAACUCCGACAAAAGUAUUAUGCAAAUAUCUGUCCUAAUGUCGAAGACAUAGUGCGAAACGUCGUUAACCAAAAAUUUAAGCAAACUUUCGUUACUGUACCAGCGACACUUCGUAUGUUCUUCCAUGAUUGCUUUGUCCAGGGCUGUGAUGCUUCGGUUUUAGUAGCAUCAACUCGAGGAAAUACAGCAGAGAAGGAUCAUCCAGAUAAUCUCUCACUUGCUGGAGAUGGAUUUGAUACAGUAAUUAAAGCUAAGGCAGCUGUUGAUGCAAAUCCCAGAUGCAGGAAUAAGGUUUCUUGUGCUGAUAUUCUUGCAAUGGCUACACGGGACGUCGUUUCCCUGGCAGGUGGACCUUCAUAUGCUGUGGAGUUGGGGAGACUUGAUGGGCUAAGAUCAACAGCUGCCAGUGUAAAUGGAAAUCUGCCCAAGCCAAGCUUCAACUUAAAUCAGCUUAAUGCUAUGUUUGCUUCUAAAGGCCUAUCUCAGACAGACAUGAUUGCUCUUUCAGCUGCUCACACUUUAGGAUUUUCACACUGCGAUAAGUUCGCAAACCGUAUAUACAACUUCAGCCGUCAGAAGCCGGUGGACCCAACCCUGAACCGGCAAUAUGCGACCCAAUUACAGGGAAUGUGCCCACGAAAUGUGGACCCCAGGAUAGCCAUCGACAUGGACCCAAAGACACCUAGAGCCUUUGACAAUGCCUAUUUCCAAAAUCUCCAGCAGGGCAAAGGCUUAUUCACAUCAGACCAAGUCCUCUGGGCGGACAGAAGGUCCAGGCCCACUGUUGAUACAUGGGCCAGAAACCCAGAGGCCUUUAAGAGUGCCUUUAUCCAAGCCAUGACUAAAUUGGGCCGGGUCGGAGUCAAAACGGGCAGGAAUGGGAAUAUCCGUUUUGACUGUGGAAGAUUUAAUGGAUAAUAUAUUUUUGACAUUUUUAAUGGGUAAAUAUAAAUUGUUAACAAAUCUAGUAUUUGUUCUGUUUGGGGCCUGUCUUUGACAACAGACAUGAUUUUUUAAUUUGUGUUUAUGCAAGUUUAUUGUUUCAAUAAUAUGUGAAAUAAGAAACCUUGAAGUGUAAGCGUUUCAAAAAAUUUCUGUUUUUCCUUCGCUUUGUCGAAUAAAAUUCGGUUCGUGACAA